CUAUAAUCUAUCAGGCUGUAUACGAAGUUGCUUUUUUUAAAUCUAAGUAUGAAUUAACUUCGGGAAUUCCCUAUAUAAUUCUAGUGUACAUCAGUAAGGAACGGAUUUGAAUUUUCAUAGUUAGUCUUGAUUAUUAAAUUUUUAAUAAAAUCCAUUGAAGCCAUAGUGGCUGUCGUAUAAUUCAUUCUACGUAGUAUUAAGUGUUUUUUCUUAACUAAGUUGUAAAUGUCCCAGGCGUACCUCAACGCAGCACGGAAGCUCACCCACAUUUACGGAUGAAAUAGAAGAAGAACCAGACGAGGUUUGAAAUGUCGGACCCGGCGGCUCAGGCCCAGCAACCCCGGCACCUCCAAGCCCAGUCGGCUGCCGGGUCGACUGGGUCCGGUGCCGCCGCUACGACCGGCUCCGGUUCGGGCAACAGCGACCCGGCGAGGCCUGGGCUGAGUCAGCAGCAACGCGCCAGCCAGAAGAAAGCCCAAGUUCGAGCUUUUCCUCGGGCGAAGAAGCUCGAGAAACUUGGCGUUUUCUCCGCCUGCAAGGCCAGUGACACAUGUAAAUGCAACGGAUGGAAGAACCCCAACCCCCCCACGGCACCCCGAGUAGACCUGCAGCAACAAGCCGCCAGUCUGAGCGAGCCUUGCCGCAGUUGUGGACAUGCCCUGGCCGACCACGUCUCUCACCUGGAGAACGUGUCCGAGGACGAGAUCAACAGGCUGCUGGGAAUGGUGGUGGAUGUGGAGAACCUGUUCAUGUCUGUGCACAAGGAAGAAGACACGGACACAAAGCAGGUCUACUUCUACCUAUUCAAGUUGCUGAGGAAAUGCAUCCUGCAGAUGAGUCAGCCAGUGGUAGAAGGAUCAUUGGGCAGUCCGCCCUUUGAAAAACCCAACAUUGAGCAGGGUGUGUUGAACUUCGUGCAGUACAAAUUCAGUCACUUGGCGCCCAAAGAGCGCCAAACUAUGUUUGAGCUGUCCAAGAUGUUCCUGCUGUGCCUCAACUACUGGAAGCUGGAGACGCCCACGCAGUACCGGCAGCGCACGCAGAAGGACGACGGCACGGCCUACAAGGUUGACUACACGCGCUGGCUGUGCUACUGCCACGUGCCGCAGAGCAACGACAGCCUGCCGCGCUACGAGACCACGCACGUCUUCGGACGCAGCCUGCUCAAGUCCAUCUUCACCGUCACCCGCCGACAGCUGCUGGAGAAGUUCCGUGUGGAGAAGGACAAGCUUCUGCCGGAGAAGCGCACGCUCAUUCUAACUCACUUCCCCAGGUUUCUGUCCAUGCUGGAGGAGGAGAUCUACGGGGACAAUUCGCCCAUCUGGGAGACCGACUUCACUGUGCCUGCUGCCGACGGUGCGCAGCUGGGACAACAGACAGUGAUCAGUCCAGCGGCGGUGUCGGGCUCAUCGGCCCUCUCCAAGGCUCUGAACGCGGGUUCGUCUCUGGGCGGUCUGGACGCGACAGGUUCAGAGCCAGUUGCAGGUUCGGAGUCUUUUGAUGAGGUUGUGGCUGUCGCUAGUUCUUAUCCUCCAUGGAUUGUUAAAUGUUCUUCAUUUUCAGGCGAGAAGCGUAAACUCCCUGAGGCCCUGACGCUGGAGGACGCGAAACGCAUCCGCGUGAUGGGCGACAUUCCUAUGGAGCUGGUCAACGAGGUCAUGAUGACCAUCACAGACCCUGCCGCCAUGUUGGGUCCCGAGACCAACCUCCUGACGCCCAACGCGGCUCGCGAUGAGACCGCGCGUCUAGAGGAGCGUCGCGGCAUCAUCGAGUUCCACGUGAUCGGCAACUCGCUGUCUCAAAAGUCCAACAAGAAGAUCUUGAUGUGGCUUGUGGGCCUGCAGAAUGUCUUCUCGCACCAGUUACCUCGUAUGCCCAAAGAGUACAUCACGCGCCUCGUCUUUGACCCGAAGCACAAGACCUUGGCCCUCAUCAAAGAUGGCCGCGUCAUUGGCGGCAUCUGUUUUAGGAUGUUUCCCACUCAGGGGUUCACAGAGAUUGUCUUCUGCGCUGUCACCUCCAACGAGCAAGUCAAGGGUUACGGCACACACUUGAUGAACCACCUGAAGGAGUACCACAUUAAACACAACAUCCUGUAUUUCCUCACCUACGCCGACGAGUAUGCUAUCGGCUACUUCAAGAAACAGGGCUUCUCUAAAGACAUCAAAGUGCCCAAGAGUCGCUACCUGGGCUACAUUAAAGACUACGAGGGAGCAACCCUGAUGGAGUGCGAGCUGAACCCCAGGAUUCCCUACACAGAGCUAUCACACAUCAUCAAGAGGCAGAAAGAGAUCAUCAAGAAGCUGAUUGAGAGGAAGCAGAAUCAGAUCAGGAAGGUCUACCCGGGCCUCACGUGCUUCAAGGAGGGCGUGCGGCAGAUCCCUGUGGAGAGUAUUCCCGGCAUACGAGAAACGGGAUGGAAGCCAAGCGCCAAGGAGAAAGUGAAAGAGGUGAAGGACCCUGAUGUGUUGUACAACAUGCUCAAAAACUUACUGGCCCAGAUAAAGACUCAUCCCGACGCUUGGCCGUUCAUGGAGCCCGUCAAGAAGUCCGAAGCGCCCGACUACUACGAGAUCAUCCGCUUCCCCAUCGACCUGAAGACUAUGACGGAGCGCCUGAAGAACCGCUAUUACGUCACCAAGAAGCUGUUCAUCGCCGACCUGCAGCGGAUCAUCACCAACUGCCGAGAGUACAAUCCGCCCGACAGCGAGUACUGCAAGUCGGCCAACACGCUCGAGAAGUUCUUCUACUUCAAGCUCAAAGAUGGCGGCCUCAUUGAGAAAUGAGCUUCGUGGGUUUUUUUUUUUUUUUUUUGGGGUGGUCGUUGUUGG